AUGCACGCCUCAUACUUCUCUCUGGCACUUCUUGCCGUCGGCGCCAUUGCUGCGCCCGCCGCCCCCAAGCCCAAUGCCGACAGCUUCGGCGGCAUUACUGGCGGUUUCCCCUUCAACCCAUCCGGAUCCUCCAGUGUCGAGGAGACCGACGAUGAGGGAUUCGACAACCCCUUCCCUGCUGCCAUGCAGGCAAUGGAGCAGGCCGAGUCCGCAAAGAUGUCCGUCAAGCCCUCCUCUCACGUCGUCAUGGCCGAGCCCGACACGCCCAAGCCCACGAUGGACAAGCCAGAGAUCCCCAAGCCUUCCACUGCCCCAGAGCCCUCCAUGCCCAAGACCAACGACAUUCCGGCCGUACCAGCCGUCCCGGCUGUGCCUGCUGUGCAGGCUGAACCCACUCACCUAGCCGUGCACAAGCCCACUCCAACCCAGUCCAGCACGGCUGCCCAGCUCCCUGUGGAGUCCCACAUCGCCACUCCCACUCCCACCCACGCCUCCAUGAGCUUCCCUGCCCCUGCUGUCUCCCAGGGCCCUGUUGCUUCUCCCGCUCCCGUUGUCUCGGAGGCACCUGUCGCCAUGCCCUCUGCCAGUCAUGCUCUCAUUCACGCGCCUGCUAAGAGCAGCUCUUCUACUGCUUCUGCUUCUUCAAACGCCACUCCUUCUCCCAGUGCCAGUGCCGCUGCCCAAGCUGGUCCCGUCGGUAGUCUUGUCGAGGGACUUCCUCUCGUCGGUGGCCUCAUGGGCGGCCCCAUCGCUGGCCUUGGUCUCCGUCGUUAA